CUUAUCGCCAUCCUCAUAGCUACGGCAACCUCUCUCCGCGUGCGGGGAUUGAUAAUGUCUUUAUCAGUGAUAUCUCUUGUGUGAUGGAGGCACUUACCACCUGCUUCUUUCGGACAGAUCGCCAGAGUUGGAGUUUCUAUCCAGCACACGUUUCUCCCAGGUUAUCAUGGUCUCUGUCUCUUACGCGACAUAAACUCAUUCCUUGAAGAAGUUCAAUUGGAUGAAGUCCUUGUCAGCUGAAGAAUGUUGGUAUCGACAUGUCUAUCAGUGCGACUGCUUCUCACUUAUCGAUCUCCAAUCAUCCAUUUACGGAAGGUCAUUGAUAUGCCAGCCAUGCUGUCUGCGAUCUCGCUGAUAACAUGGGCAUCGCAAAUGUAGCGAGAGUCACUUGUAUAAGAAGAGUAGCAAGGAUAUCAUAUCGAGGCCAUUCUUUCAGAACUUUGUGUACAACAAUAGUGAUUUGCGCACAGUACCUGAAACGGGUGACUCGAUCAUGGAUAUCGAAGCAAAGAAGUUCAGUCCUGCAGCUUCAGCUGAGGCAGAUGCAGCCUUAGGCUUCCUUGCCUCAGAAGAAGCGGCGUUUUUUACCGAGAUCGAUGAAAAGAAGCUCGUUCGUAAGAUCGACUGGAUGAUCGUCCCACUUAUGUGGGCAAUUUAUUUUCUCCAAUAUCAGGACAAGAUUUUGAUCAACUAUGCCUCCGUCAUGGGCUUGCUCAGGGAUACCGGCAUGCAGACGGACCAGUUCUCCAAACUGGCCUUAGCUUUUUACGUCUCUUACCUGUUCUUCGAGUUUCCAACGGGAUAUCUCAUGCAACGGUUGCCUAUCGCAAAAUACCUUGGCCUCAACGUGACGCUAUGGGGACUCCUGACUACCCUGAACUGUGCUGCGCAGAAUUAUGCUGGACUCAUUGUCCUCCGUGUCCUGCUAGGAUGUUUUGAAAGCGCAGUUGCUCCGGCACUGAUCUUGAUUACUUCAAUGUGGUACAAGAGGAAUGAACAGCCCAAGCGGAUAGGUUUCUGGUAUUUAGGUACUGGAACUGCCACCAUCGUCGGAGCUCUUGUUGCAUAUGGACUGCUCUUCUAUACAGGUGACCGCUUCCGAUCCUGGCAGAUCAUGUUCCUCAUCUUUGGACUGAUCACCAUCGCCGUGGGAAUAUGCGUCAUGAUAUUCCUCCCAGACAAUCCGAUGGCGUCCCGGCUGACCCAUGAGGAGAAACUUCUGGCGAUUGAGCGUCUCCGGGAGAACCGGACAGGUAUUGAGAACAAGCAUUUCAAAACGUACCAAUUCGUAGAAGUAUUCAAGGACCCCCAGACCUACUUCAUUGCCGUGAUCGUGACGGCAAUGAAUAUCUCCAACGCCGCCAUCAGCAGCUUCUCCGCUCUGAUCAUCAAAAGCUUCGGCUACACCACCAAGGAAACCGAGCUACUCACCAUCCCCGGCGGCGUGGUCAGCGUGGUCAGCAUUCUCACAGGCACAUAUCUGGCCGGUCGCUUUGAUCAGCGAUGCCUGAGCCUCAUAGGAAUCCUCGCCUGUGGGCUGCUUGGAGGCUGCUUGAUGGCCUUCUCCCACGAAGGAAUGAAAGCCUCCGAGUUAGCUGGCAACUACUUGACUAACUGUGUCGGGGCCGCUCUGCCGUUGAUGUACUCCAUCGCUGGCGCUAAUGUCGCAGGUCACACCAAGAAAGUCACUAUGAACGCCAUCGUCCUGAUGUCGUUCUGUCUCGGAAAUAUUCUAGGUCCGUUGACGUUCCGCACGGAAGACGAGCCAGACUAUAUACCGGCAAAGAUUGCGAUCGUGGCGACAGUCUCGGUAGCAAUUGUCUUCUCCGUCCUGUUGAAGUGCUACUAUAUGUACGAGAAUCGGCGUCGCGACAUGAAGGGCGAGGGACAGCGUCUGGAGAACUCUGACUUUUUAGAUCUGACGGACAGGGAGAAUCCGGAUUUCAGGGUACGUCUGCCUUGUCUGCAGCACAGCUUGGUUCUGACAGCUGCGACUACAGUACAAACAUUGAGGACUCAACGAUCUAUCAUUGAAGGUCAAUUCUAUAGUCUAUAUACACGAUAUACGAUAUGCAAUGCAGUGGUAUCUUUCUAGUACACCAAUAAGCAGAGGAA